AUGCCACGGGGAAGGAUAAGGGCGAAGCUCCGUAGGAGCAGUCUGUACACAUUUGGCUGCUAUAGACCACACCCUUCCGAUACAGAGGGGCCACAUCAAAUCCAAGGUCCAGGUUACUCACGAAUGGUUUAUUGCAACAAACCACAUCUUCACGAGACAAAACCAUUUAGAUACUGCUCAAAUUAUAUAUCGACCACAAAGUAUAAUAUUAUUACAUUUCUGCCCAAGGCCAUUUUUGAGCAAUUUCGACGUGUGGCAAACUUGUACUUUCUUCUCGCUGCAACCCUGUCGUUCUCUCCUGUAUCACCAUUUUCAGCUUACAGUAUGGUUGCUCCUUUAGUAUUUGUAGUUGGAUUGAGUAUGGCUAAAGAAGCUCUCGAAGAUUGGCGUAGGUUCAUGCAAGACAUGAAGGUUAAUUUGCGGAAAGCUAGUAUACAUAAAAGAGAUGGCAUAUUUGGUCAUAGGCCAUGGAUGAAGAUCCGGGUGGGAGAUAUAGUGAAAGUAGAGAAAGAUCAUUUUUUUCCGGCAGAUUUACUUCUUUUAUCUUCUAGUUAUGAAGAUGGAAUUUGUUAUGUUGAAACUAUGAACUUGGAUGGAGAGACAAACUUGAAGGUAAAACGAGCACUCGAGGUAACCUUAUUCAUGAAUGAUGAUGCGACUUUUAAGGAAUUCAGUGCAAACAUACAGUGUGAGGAUCCGAAUCCUAACCUUUACACUUUUGUUGGUAAUCUUGAAUAUAAUCGCCAGCUGUAUCCUCUUGAUCCUUGUCAGAUUCUCCUUAGAGAUUCAAAGCUUAGGAACACGUCUUAUGUGUAUGGAGUGGUGAUAUUCACAGGUCAUGAUAGCAAAGUCAUGCAAAAUGCUACAAAAUCUCCUUCAAAAAGGAGCAGAAUCGAGAAGCAAAUGGACAAAAUCAUUUACUUCCUUUUCACCGUCCUUGUAUUCAUCUCAUUAAUCAGCUCAAUAGGUUUUGGGGUGAAGACGAAGAAUGAAAUGCCACAUUGGUGGUAUUUACAGGCCCCAGAUGAUAGGGAUUUAUAUGAUCCAGGCAGGCCGGUGGUCUCAGCCAUUUUUCAUCUGGUCACUGCUCUAAUAUUAUAUGGAUAUUUGAUACCCAUAUCACUCUAUGUUUCAAUUGAGGUCGUCAAAGUCCUCCAAGCAUUGUUCAUAAACCAAGACAUUCGGAUGUACGAUGAAGAGACCGGAACUCCUGCUGAGGCACGGACAUCAAACUUGAACGAGGAAUUAGGACAGGUCGAUACGAUCCUGUCUGAUAAAACUGGAACUUUAACAUGCAAUCAGAUGGACUUUCUCAAAUGCUCCAUUGCUGGUAAAGCAUAUGGCACAAUCUCUUGUGACGUAGAACUUGCAGCUGCAAAACAGAUGGCAAUGGACUUGAAUGGGCAGAACAAGAAUGGUACACCUAAUUCAUUGGAGAAAGGUGGAAAUGAAUUUGGGGAAUCUGAAAUUGAGUUAGAGACUGUCUUUACUUCAAAAUAUGAAAAUGGUCACAAACCUGCAAUAAAGGGGUUUAGCUUUGAGGAUGGCUGCCUCAUGAAUGGGAAUUGGCUCAAAGAACCAAAUGAAGAUGUCAUCUUACUUUUUUUCAGGAUACUAUCACUUUGUCACACUGCAAUUCCCGAGCUAAAUGAAGAGACUGGUAACUUCACCUAUGAAGCUGAAUCUCCAGAUGAAAGUGCAUUUGUAGUUGCAGCUAGAGAAUUUGGCUUUGAGUUCUCUAAAAGAACCCAGUCAAGCAUAUUUGUUCGUGAAAGAUAUCCUUCGUUUCAGAAUCCUAUUGAAAGGGAGUUCAAAAUUCUCAAUUUGUUGGAUUUCACUAGCAAAAGGAAGAGAAUGUCUGUUAUUGUGCGGGAUGAAGAUGGUCAGAUUUUUCUCCUGUGCAAAGGAGCAGACAGCAUCAUCUUUGAUAGGUUAUCAAGGAACGGGCGAAUGUAUGAAGAAGCUACCACGAAGCAUUUGAAUGAGUAUGGAGAAGUUGGAUUACGAACACUCGCACUUGCUUACAAGAAGCUUGAUGAGGCCGAAUAUUCUGCCUGGAAUGAAGAGUUCAGUAACGCUAAAACAUCAAUUGGUGGGGACAGGGAAGAAAAGCUUGAGCGGCUUGCUGAUAUUAUGGAAAGGGACUUAAUACUUGUUGGAGCAACUGCAGUCGAGGACAAAUUACAGAAAGGGGUGCCUCAGUGCAUAGAUAAACUGGCACAAGCUGGUCUAAAGAUCUGGGUCCUGACUGGUGAUAAAAUGGAAACUGCAAUUAAUAUUGGGUAUGCUUGCAGUUUGCUUCGACAAGGCAUGAAGCAAAUUUGUAUAACAACAGCAAAUCUUGACUCAUUAGACGUAAAGGAAAAUAUUUUGAUGCAAAUCACCAAUGCAUUGCAAAUGGUGAAGCUGGAAAAGGAUCCCCAUGCUGCAUUUGCUUUGAUUAUUGAUGGGAAAACUCUAACUUUUGUGUUGGAGGAUGAUAUGAAGCAUCGAUUUUUGAAUUUAGCCGUUGAUUGUGCUUCUGUCAUAUGCUGUCGCGUUUCUCCUAAGCAGAAGGCUCUCGUAACAAGAUUAGUAAAAGAAGGAACUGGAAAAACCACAUUGGCAAUCGGUGAUGGUGCAAAUGAUGUUGGUAUGAUUCAAGAAGCAGACAUUGGUGUUGGCAUCAGUGGAUGUGAAGGAAUGCAGGCUGUGAUGGCUAGCGACUUUUCUAUUGCACAGUUCCGGUUUCUGGAGAGGCUUUUAGUCGUACAUGGACAUUGGUGCUACAAAAGAAUUGCUCAGAUGAUUUGUUAUUUCUUCUACAAAAAUAUUGCAUUUGGCCUCACAAUCUUCUACUUUGAGGCAUUCACGGGCUUUUCUGGACAGUCAGUUUAUGUUGACUGGUAUAUGCUGCUAUUCAACGUCGUUCUUACUUCAUUGCCUGUCAUUUCACUUGGAGUUUUCGAACAGGAUGUUGAUUCCGAGAUCUGCCUGCAGUUUCCAGCAUUGUAUCAGCAAGGACCGAAAAACUUGUUCUUCAACUGGUGCAGGAUAUUCGGGUGGAUGUCUAAUGGUCUGUAUACCUCCCUCGUCAUUUUCUUCCUCAACAUCAUAAUCUUUUACGACCAAGCAUUCCGAGCGGGAGGGCAGACGGCCGAUAUGACGGCUGUCGGUACAGUUAUGUUCACGUGCAUUAUUUGGGCCGUCAAUUGCCAAAUUGCUCUGUUAAUGAGUCACUUCACAUGGAUACAACACUUCCUAGUUUGGGGUAGUAUAGCAACUUGGUAUGUAUUUCUUUUCGUCUACGGCAGCAUAUCCCCAAGUUUCUCAGAAUACGCAUUUAAAAUGCUCGUUGAAGUUCUCGCUCCAGCCCCGAUUUACUGGAUCACAACCCUUUUAGUAACAGUGGCUUGUAUUCUCCCGUACCUUGCCCACAUUUCUUUCCGAAGAUCUUUCAAUCCAAUGGAUCAUCACAUCAUUCGAGAAAUCAAGUACUACAAGAAAGAUGUCAAGGAUCAAAACAUGUGGAGUCAGGAGCGGUCAAAAGCACGAGAAAAGACGAAGAUCGGGUUCACGGUGAGAGUAGAUGCAAAAAUCAGGCAGUUGAAAGGGAGACUAACGAAGAAGUAUUUAUCAUUGGCUACACAUAAUGUAAUACCACAAACAGAAACAAAGGAUUAA